CAGCCGCGUUUACAGUCGAAAAUGGUUAAAACGAGCAAUCUCGGAGCCCCUUUAGCUCAGUUUUCGCGAACAUGGCGAGGGGGUGGUCGAAUCCCAUCUUUUUACACUUACAAUUCAUCUUCGUCGCACUUACGUUAUCGACAGGAACAGUUUUCGGUGCAAAUGAAAUCCCGUCGAUCGUUUCUGUGAAAGUGAUAUCGGUAUCGAAUCCACAAUUUAGGACAAACGAGUGCCUGAAAGACCUUAAAUUCGAAAUGAGGGGUCGAAAUUUUGAUUCUAACAUGGAAAUCGCCGUCACCAGGGACAAAAGUGCUAAGGACUCGUUUUGUAACGAAGCAACGUUAAUUCAUUUAAAUGAACAAGUUUCUUCGGAAUCGGGAAUUUAUACGAUUACUAUACCGCAAGGAUUACAAGACGAUCUUUACUUUUGUAUGAAAAAUUAUAAAUUAGAACAACAACAGGCGCGAUGGUAUCAUCAAGGAUAUGACGUUUUUUUACUAGGGGCAAUAGAUCUGACUCAUAUUCAUCAAAUAAAAGUAUCCGGAAUAAAAGUAGAAUCAUCAAAUAAUGGGAUAGAAACCGAUUCCGAUGGAAUACCAUCGAUAUUUAUCGAAACCCCUUCAGUUAUUCGAAUAUUUGGUUCUGGAUUCACUCAAAACACCAUCGUAGCCUUCACUAACGUGAGGAUGCUUCCCGGCGAUGUUUGCACAGUUUUCCCAUCACCUACAAUAUAUCCGGUUGAUCAUGUUUCCGAAGAAAAGGAUACAGCUUCAAUUAAUGUGAUUUUACCUGAAAAAGUCGUUGGAGACACUUUAUAUCUUUGCGUAAAAGAAUCAAACUUUUCAAACGCGACGUUUUACCAUCAAGGAAGCGCCCCGUGGGUCGCACUACAAAGCCACACUUAUUUAAUACCGAUUUGGGGUUCGAUUUUGAUCAUCGGAACAUGUUUGUGUUUCUCCGCUUUAUUUUCCGGGUUAAAUUUGGGCUUGAUGAGUCUCGACAUGACGGAAUUAAAAAUUUUAAAAAACACGGGAACCACAAAAGAGAGACAAUACGCGAGGAAAAUUCAACCGAUUCGAAAACAUGGUAACUUUUUAUUAUGUAGUAUCUUGUUGGGAAAUGUAUUGGUGAAUUCGAUUUUUACGAUUUUAUUGGAUGGAUUAACGUCGGGCGUUGUUGCUGUGGUUUGUUCUACGAUCGCUAUUGUACUCUUUGGUGAAAUUACACCUCAAGCGAUUUGUUCGAGGCAUGGUUUAGCUGUUGGCGCGAAAACUAUUGUUGUUACGAAAGUUGUUAUGGGAAUAACAUCACCAAUUGCUUAUCCGGUUUCGAAAAUUUUAGAUCGGCUCUUAGGGGAGGAAAUUGGAAAUGUUUACAAUCGGGAACGAUUAAAGGAAUUAGUCAAAGUAACAACUGGUGAAAAUGAUUUAGAUAGGGAUGAAGUAAAUAUAAUAAGUGGAGCGUUAGAAUUAAGAAAAAAAACUGUAGCCGAAGCGAUGACAAGAAUGGAAGAUGCAUUUAUGUUAGAUUACGAAGCGAUCCUCGAUUUUGAAACAGUUUCCGAAAUAAUGAAAUCGGGUUAUUCAAGAAUUCCCGUUUAUGAAGGAGAUCGGAAAAAAAUCGUCACCACACUUUACAUAAAAGAUCUCGCGUUCGUCGAUCCGGAUGAUAACACCCCAUUAAAAACUUUGUGUCAAUUCUAUCAGAAUCCGUGCAAUUUCGUUUUCGAAGAUGUCACAUUGGACGUUAUGUUCAAAGAGUUCAAAGAAGGAAAUAAGGGGCACAUGGCGUUUGUGCAUCGCGUUAACAAUGAAGGUGAUGGUGAUCCGUUUUAUGAAACAAUUGGGUUAAUCACCUUAGAAGAUGUUAUUGAGGAAUUAAUUCAAGCUGAAAUUAUGGAUGAAACUGAUACAGUUACCGAUAAUCGUUCAAAAAGAAAACGGACCUCGAAUAGAACCAAACAAGAUUUUACCGUUUUCGCUGAUCGCAAAGGUGAAACUAAUCGUAUAAGGAUUAGUCCGCAAUUAACGUUAGCUACAUAUCAAUAUUUAAGCACUUCUGUUGAUUUAUUUAAACCAAGCAAUAUCUCAGAGACGAUUCUAAGAAGAUUUCUUAAACAAGACAUUUACAACCAUAUUAAAAAGAAUAAAGAUUGGCGUAACGACGAUAAUGCGGUGAUUUAUCAACAAGGUUGCGCUGUUGAUUACUUUGUAUUAAUCCUUGAAGGUCGAGUUGAAGUUACAGUUGGUGCAGAACAAUUAGUUUUUGAAAGCGGGGCGUUUACUUACUUUGGAACACAAGCUUUAGCACAAAACAUUGGAAUAUUGGAUCCUUCACCAUCAACGAUGGGUAGCUUGCAAUCAUUAAAUAUGGACACGAUGCUCCGUUACAGUUUCCAACCCGAUUACACCGUUAGAGCAAGUUCCGAUUUACUUUACAUGAAAGUAAAGCGAAGCCUUUAUUUGGCAGCGAAAAAAGCUUCGUUAAUGGAAAAAUCAGCCCGCGAAAAAGACGGUGAUAAUUACGAUGAGGAAGUCGAAAAGUUAUUAUAUUCGUUAGGAGAAGAAGAUUCUUUGGGUCGUCAAUCACCCGAGUUGAAAGCGAAUCAAAAUAUAACGCACAGCGAACCGUUAAGUACAACAAAUUCAAAUGUAAAAUUGCCAGAUAAUGCGAUGAAUAUUAACCAGUUGAGUGCUAAUCGCAAAAGUUUGAAUAACGGUGGAGCUGCUACGAGUCAAAAAUUACUUCAUCCUCAAAACGCUACGAUAACCGAUGAUUUAACGUCGUCGAAGGAGGAAGAAAUAGCAUUGUUACCAAAAAAUAACUCAUAACAACAAAGUAACGGUCUUAAAAAGGCCGAUAGAGUACUUAACUUAUUUCAACGAUUAAUUUUUUUUUGAAAAUACAAGUAUUAAGUUAGUGUUUUAAAAUAAAAAUGUUAUUGCAAAAAGGGGUUUAGGCAUUUAUUUUUUAUAUAUUUUUUUUUGGCUUUUGUAUUUAGCAAUAAUCAAGAUUGAUAAAUUAUUGACAAAUAUAACUUUUAUGUACUUUAUUCUAGUACUUAUAUUAAUUAAUGAAGAAACAAAUAAUUUAAUGUUAAUUAAUUAGAUUUAGGUGUUGUAUAAAUGUUAAAUACCAAAAAAUAGAUUAAAAAAUAAAAAAAAAAAAAUAUUAACAAGUUGUUGAGGUUAGAAUGUUUUUACAUGUACUUUACAAAGAAAUAUUGUACUUAAAAUUUAUUUUCCAAUAUAUUGGUGCUUUUAUUAUUAUUUUCUUACUUUUUUUUAUUGUUUUGUUUUUAGUUAAAAGUUGUUUGUUAGAAAUAAAGUUGUACUUCCAUUAAUAAAGCUGUCUAAAAA